AUGGUCACGCAUUUUGGCUCACUCGAAUUGCCCAAGCCAAUCGAGAAGAAAUCUCCUGCUUUGAUCGACCUCACAGCUGAAGGAUAUCGAAAUGCUGAUGGAUCUCUUUGCAACUUCCCAGUUGUUGAAGCAAUUCGAAGCUCGAUCGCGAUGGAUGUCACUUUAAAUCACGAGUAUUUGCCAAUUCGAGGGCUAGAAAGCUUCCAGGAUUCUGUUUUGCGCCUGAUUCUGGGAAAUUGCUCACCAGCAAUUAUCAACAACAACGGGAUCUGCAGCCAGACGCUUGGCAUCAAGAAUUCCUUUCGUAUUGCAGCGGACUUUCUCAAACAAACUGACCGACUCGCGAAUACAGUUCUUAUUCCUCAACAAACCGAUAACUCCAGAAGAGAGAUUUUCGAAGCAGCUGGCUUCAUGAAUAUCAAAAACUAUUCGUUCCUCACAUUUUUCGAUAACAGCCAGAUAUUUGAUAUGAGCGCUUUUUCGAAAGCUACUGAUGAUAUCCCUCGCGGUUCAAUUUUACUUUUGAGUCCUUCUUCUCAAUAUCCAACAGGCGUUCCCAUCGAUCGAGCGCAAUGGGAAGAAAUCGCCACAAUAGUCAUUUCUAAACGGAUCUUUGUUAUCUUCGACACUCCCUUCCUUGGUUUCGGGACUGGCGAUAUAGCAGAAGAUUCAUGGCCGAUCCGAUACUUUGCCAAACUUGGGCUUUCGUUUAUGGUUGCGGUUUCUUUCACUGAGAACUUUGGAAUACACGAUGAUCCGUGUGGAGCUUUGAUUCUAGUUGCUGACAACACUGUGAACGCGUCCAACUGUGCCAGCCAAAUAGAAAGCAUUAUAAGCGCCAGCUACACAAAUCCACCGCAACAGGGCGCUAGGAUCGUCACAACAGUACUGAACAACGACUGCUAUCGACGAGAAUGGAAUAGGAUUCUCUGUGAGGUUUACGAUCAUGCUCAAGCUUGGAGAAAAAAGUUCUACGAGCUCACGAGAAUGAAGGGCUUUACAAAGUCAUGGAAAUUCAUCACUGACCAAGAAGGCCUCUUUAUUUUCACAGCUCUUUCAGCCGAGGAAAUCGACUAUAUAAGAGAAGAGUACUCCAUCGCCAUCAGAGAUGAUGGUGCUAUCAACAUUUCCACAAUCAACGAUGACAAUAUCCACACGAUUGUCGGCGCUCUUUUGAAAUCGUCAAUUAAUUUCCGAAGCAUUUAUUUGCCGUUACUUCUUCUAUUUUUCUAUUGCUCUUUCAAUCUAUUUUUCUACUUCAAAAAUAUUCUAACAUCUAACGUCCAGAAAUUCGAAAUCAUGGAGAAUAGUCAUGGCUUCAGUUUUGUUAUUGAUUUGAUUUAUUGA